UCGUUAUAUAGAAAUUUUAACAUAAUUUUUAUCAUAAAUAUUAGGGUCCCUAGCCGGAAUUGUAAACAUCAAACUGAACGCCGCAUAAACGUGUUUCUUGAUCGGCAUUCAAAAAUACAAAUAAUUUUAAAACAAAUAGUAUUAAUUGUCAUUUUAAUUACCAUGGACGAUAAUCUUUCGGAUUUGAAAACAGAUGAAACCGCUCAAGAGGAUAUUUCCAAUCUAGACAAAUUAACGCAGUCCUAUUUAUUGUUAAAAAAGAAAAUUGCUGGAACUCAUGAAUUAAUUAAAAAAUAUAAUGAUAAAACAAAAAAAUGUGAACGAUUAAAGCAAGAGCUAGAUACAGCAAGUAAAGCUAUAAAGGAAACAACAUAUAAUUAUAAUUCUACUUUAGCAAAAAUUAUUAAAUUGGAACUUCAAAAUACAGAAUAUAAAAAAAGCAUUGAAACUCUGACUACACAAGUUAAUGAAGCUAAUAUCAAGGCAGCAGCUGAUCAGCAGCAUAUACAACAAUUAAUAUGUAAAAUAAAGGACACAGAAGAAGAUCAAAAUCACAAGAUAAUACAAUAUGAUUUAGAAAAAUCCUCACUUCAAGUAAGAAUCAAGGAAUUGGAACAGGAGUUAAAAAAUGUAAAAAAAUCCUAUGAUACAAAAAUGAAAAAGAUGGAAAAGAAAAUUUCUGUAAAAAAUGAAGAUAAAGCAAAGUUACAGGAUGUUGGAACUAAUACAUCGACUAGAAAGACAAUAAUGCAAAAUCCGGAAGUCACAGAUAAAAGCGUAUUAACCGACGAUUUUUAUAAUGUCAAGGAUGUCUUAUAUCCUAUAUUUUGUGACAACUGCAGUGUUCUAUUAGAUCCACCUCCCCUUGAGAAAAUAUGCACAAUUAUGAGCAAUUCAUGUCCAAAACUUGUUGAAAAGAUUCCAUCUCCACCAAAAAGAUCUCCAUCUCCAUUACAAUCAUCAAUAGAUAUAAGGGAUGGACAACGGUGUAAGACUGAAACUUUGUUAACAUUAUCAGACACUUCUUCGCAGCAUUUACCGAAUCAGAACAAUCGUGUAGAGUUUAUUCCAACAAGUCUGUUAACGCCCCAUACGAUUUCGUUAGGUCGCUCGGAUUAUUGUAAUACUUUUCCUCCGACAUCGAAUUUAAUAGAUCCAAGUACAUACUAUAUCGGAUCGACGCCACUUAAUCCGUUAUCAAGGACAGAUUCGAAUACAACUAAUCAGAAUAAUCAUUGCGAGAAUAUGGUAACGCCUACGUUAUCGAUUAUUUUGUCGUUACAAAAAAGAAUCGAUAUGUUGGAAAUGAAAAUGAAAAUGAAAGAGAAAUUAAAUAAAAAGAGCUUAAAUCAAAACAAUAGCUGUUGUCAGCAUCAUCAUCUAAAUGCUUGUAGUAUGUACGAUAUAAAUAACUCUACGCGAUUUAAUUUCAAUGAAUUGAGAAAACUGAUGGACGCUUACAGAAGAAAAGAAACAAAAAAAUUUAAUGGGCAUAAAACAUUGAGGAAAUUAUCUCGAUUAAAAUGCAAAAGACUACAAAAUGUGUAUACUGGUUUUUGGAAAAUUGAAUCAGUUGUUAACAAAACUGAACGAACUUCUCUUAAGAAAAAGCUUAAGAAGAGCAAGUAUCGAAAUUCAUUUCUCAGAAAAUCUGAUAAUUUGUUACAUAGUACAGAAGACAUAGAAGAGUUAACUGGUGACAGUAAAACAAAUAUUAAUGUAGAAUCUAAAAGCGUAUUACGUAUAAGAAGAUCUAGCUUGUCUUUGAAUUCUGAUCAUACAAAUAGAAAUGAAGCUGAAGCAAAAAUAGUACGAAAUUUGGUUGAAUGUAGUAAGUCAGUAGGAGGUGAAACCGAUUCAGGAAUAUUAUCGGAUUCUAUUGAAUCUGGAAAACUGAUCCGAUCUGAAGCAAAUACGGACAUAUAUUCGGCACUAACAGAGCAUAAAAGCGCAAUAGAAAUAAAAUCUUCUAUGGAAAAUGAAUCAUGUUCUAUUGAGCAUAUUAAACCGGUAAACGAAUCCCCGAUAAAAGUAGUACACGUAUCACAUUUAGUAAAAUUGGAUAAAUCAAUUGAAAAAACUAAUACUUUAAAUAAAGACAUGUCAGAAACGCCACAAUCUGAUAGGAAAAGGAAGAUAAGUGAAAGCGAAAUUAAAAAAUCCGUUAUUCGACCAAAGUUGCUGGGAAAAAUAAAAAAUUUAAAGAAGAAUAGUAAAAUCAUGAAAACAUGUCAAAAUGUGUUGGAACAUCAAGAUAUGCAGAAUUAUGAGCAUGAAAAUGGUAAUAUAUCUAAAAAACAAGAAGGUUUAGACAAUAAUUCUCAAGUAGUCAAAAAGGAUGAUUAUAUACCUAAAAAGAAAUCUCGUAUUGCACACGUACCUAAGAACACAAUGAUUAAACAAAAGAAAUUAAACAAUGUUCCAGAGUUCAAAAAACAAUUAAUAAAAGAUUUAGAAAAUGCCAACUGUACUGAUUUAAAUGAAUUGAAAGGAGAUAAUAAUGAGUUGCAAAAAAUUUGUGGUAAUAAUAUACAAGAAACUCAAUUAAUUUCUUCAAAGGUACAUUCUAGCAGUACUGAAAAUAUUGUAGGAGAUGCUGUUCACGAAAUACCAAUUACCGAUAUUAAAAAUUUAUCAAGUAAUGUAAGAAACAAGACAUGCGGACAAGAUACAAACAUAACAUUCAAAACAAAUAGUAGGUAUAGUCUAUUUGAUACUACACUCAAUACUAAUUCUUUGGAAGGGGUAAUCAAAUUGAAUGAGAAAAAGACUGAUUCGAAUAAGAAUGACGAGCAUUUGAAACAUGUAUGUGAAAUUAAUUCUCUAGAUGUAAGAGAAAUCAACAAAACAAAUAGUACGAGCAAACAAGAAUUACUAAAUUUCAAUGACAAGUCUUCCACUGAUACUUCAGAGAUAAACGAUAUAAGUGAAAGGAAUUUAUGUACUAAAGAAAUAACACGCACGAAUGUUUGUAUUACACAGGAAGAUUCUGCUAUAGAACACGAACUAAAAUCAUACUGUCUACUUAAAAUAUUGCAAAAACAUAUUAAUAAUAAUCCAUCUAAGAAGAAUAAGAAAAUGUGUAAUAAAAAAUUUUUACAUAUCGGUCUAAUGGCAGAUGAAUUCGUGAGUAAACAAUUGCAAAGGCUGAUAGAUAAUGAUUGGCAGAAUUCCAUACAUUGGGAUGUGAUUGAAAAACUGAAAUUUACCUGUAGUUCUCGUAUUAUAGCAAAAGGAAUUAUAGAAUUCUUAAGCACAGAACAGGAACAUAACAGAAAUUUAGAUAAUAGUUAUACACCGCCUGCACCAUUAAUGACGAAAGCACAACAAAGAAUAUCAGCAUUAUUAAUUGACCUAGAAAAAUCAAUGCCCACUGUAUUUCAAUUUGUUCAAGUUGGCAUAGAGUACAAACUUUUUAGACUUAAUCAAGGAAUAGAGAGAUAUGCAAUAGAAUCUCUUGCUAGAAUGUAUACGGUUUUAGCACGAAUUAAGAAGGAUCGAGAAAAAGUGAGGAUAUUUUGUUGCGAUGCUUUGUAUUGUUUGGGAGUUCAUGCAAUACUUAUUUUAUAUACAGUACUCACUUCUUGGCCAGAAGUAUUUCCAAAUAACGAAACAAGUACUAAUAGGUUAUUGCCAAAAUGUAUGGCACAUUUAAUUAUGGCGCAGCAAGCUAUGGACUAUCCUAAACUUUAUGCCUUAAAAAAUUUAGUGUCAAUGUUCUACAAAUAUCCAAUGGGAACAUUAUCGAAAGAUUUGCUCAAAGAACUUUUGACUGCACUUCAAGAAAGAAAUGAUAGUGAAGCAGAAAUCGCUAUUAUACUUCUUGCAAAAAGAGAAGGAACUAAAUGGACGCACACGAACAUUAUUAAGGGUGCACUGUUAUCUAUGAUAAUUAACGAGAAAUUUCCGAGCACAUAUCGAGCGUUUUCUUUAUUAGGUAAUUUGAUGCGUGUAUUCCCAAUAGAAGAUAAAGAUAAUUUGGUUGGUCAAAUUGUAGAACAACUGUGCGAUUUAAUCAAUUCCGAUAAAGGAUCAGAUGAGCAAAAAGAAGGAGUUUUCUCGGCAUUGUUGAGUUUAUCGAGGCAUAAAUUUGAUGAAGUGAUACAGAAUACGUUAAAGUGGACUCCAUCUAUGCCAUUGCAUGAUCGAACCAUGGAACAGAUCAGUGGAUUAUUUAAUACGCGUGACCCAGAUUUUUGGAGGGCUUAUUUAAGAAAAAACAGACAACUGUUCGUUACUUUGGAAGAAAAUAAAACGUAAUGCAUAGUUUUUUU